AGUCAUUGAUAGUUGGAGGCUUGGAGUAACUCUCGUCUCCAACAGCAUGAUAAGCUUCCCCGCCAUGUUCGGGGACCCUUCCGAGGUCGGGACUCGGGAGGGUCAUGACAUCGUGCCAUUUCCACGUCUCAGCUCUGACCUCACUUCGAGCUGUCACUGCUGUCAUCGACAACUGAUCCCACAUACAGAGACAAGACAGGCAACAUGGGCAAGAAGCGCGUUCUCGUGAGCUAUGGCGUCGACGUGGACGCUGUGGCGGGUUGGCUAGGCUCAUACGGUGGCGAGGACUCGACCAACGACAUCAGCAGAGGCUACUUUGCCGGCACCGUGGGUACGCAGCGUGUCCUCAAGCUGCUCAACAAGUACAACAUCAAGGGCACAUGGUUCAUCCCCGGCCACUCGCUCGAGACGUUCCCCGAGGACAUGGCGGCGGUGCGGGACGCAGGCCACGAGAUUGGCCUGCACGGCUACUCGCACGAGAACCCGACGGACAUGACCAUUGAGCAGCAGCGCGUCAUCCUCGACAAGACGUACAAGAUGCUCACCGAAUUCGCCGGCAAACCGCCCCGGGGCAGCGUCGCGCCCUGGUGGGAGACGUCAGUCGAAGGCGCGCAGCUGCUGCUCGACUACGGCAUCGAGUACGACCACAGCAUGAGCCACACGGACUGCGAGCCGUACUAUCUCCGCACGGGGGACACCUGGACGCCCAUUGACUACAAGCAGCACCCAGACGCCUGGAUGAAGCCCCUCGUGCGCGGCCAGGAGACGGGCCUCGUCGAGAUCCCCGCCAACUGGUACCUGGACGACCUGCCGCCCAUGAUGUUUAUCAAAAAGGCGCCCAAUAGCCACGGCUUUGUCAACGCCCGUGACGUCGAGGAUAUCUGGCGUGAUCACUUUGACUACUUCUACCGGGAGUACGACGAGUUCAUCUUCCCCAUCACCAUCCACCCGGAUGUGUCGGGGCGACCGCAUGCAAUUUUGAUGCAUGAGCGGCUCAUUGAGUAUAUGAAGGGGCAUGAGGGCGUGGAGUUUGUGACCAUGGCGGAAAUUUGUGAUGACUUUAAGGCGAGGGUCAAGGCGCCCGAGGGGGCGGUGAUGCCUGCUGCGCCAGGGGCCAUGUUGAAGUAGAUGAAGAUUUUGUACUUGACUAUCAUAUCCAUCCGAAGUGAUGCUGUGCCUUGGCGUUGUAGACAACACAUGUAAGCUAUUCCACAGAU